UCGCAUCAGCCAUCCAAAGUGUAGGACAGAGUUACUUGAACUAUUGAGGCUUGUCUUGUUGAUUUUGUUAAAAAUAAGGUUUUUGCUACAUUUUUUUCUUUAUAAACUUGCUGAGCUAUGGACUGCAAUAAUGGAGUGCCCUCACAGACUUCCACCCUAUCUAGGGCUGAAAAGGCUUUGGUGAAGCGAAACGUCAAUCGUUCAACAUUAACCACUGCACCAGAUACUCUUUUAUUGGAGGACUCUGCCACCAAAGAUAGUGCAAAGACUAAGAAAGCAAAAAAUCAGCCAAGAGGUUAUGCAUUUUGGGCCCUGGUGUUUGCUUUGUGUGUUGUAGCAUUGGCAAAUUUUUUUCUUACUGUAACCAUUUUCAGUGUUCUUCGUUUAACAAAAUCAAUGGAGAACAUUGAGGUUGUUCCUUCUGCGAAUCUCAUAAAGUUUUUUGGGGAGUUAGAAAUGAAUAAGCUUAUUAAACUUGAUGGAAAAUUCAGUGGUUUUAAUGAAAGCCCAGUAACUGUAAGCAGCCAAGGAUCUGAUAUCACUCUCAAGGUAUUAGAUGAUUUGGAACCAGAGAUCAGCAUCACCCAGGAUAAAGUGGAAUUUCAGAAAGUCGACAGCUUCGAGAUAUUCGAACCUAAAACAACACCAAAAACCAACGCAUUCUCUACCACGUUUCCCAAUUUUGGUUUGCCUGAAGGUGUCCUCAACUUACAUAUCAAGAAGGCAACAGCCAACAGAAUCGCUAGCAAGCUCGAAGGUUCUUUACUCAUACGAUCAGAGAAAGCCAUCCGAGCGAAAGGUAAAGAAGGAAUGAAGAUUCGCGGCCGGGAGGUGUUAUUCAGAGCAGACCAAGAUCUCUUGUUGCGAAGUAUCAAUGGAAGUGUUAUACUUAAUGGCGCUGACGGUGUAAUAAUGGAUGUGGACACCAUGUCCCUUACUGGGCGACUUGAAGAUCACAACUCAACGAAAGUGGCCGAGUAUAAGUUAUGCAUCUGCAUGCCCGCUGGACAGCUCUUCCGAAUUCCUGUUCUAGAAGGCACAGAUACCAUUAAUUGCGAUUCUAUCGAUCUCACUGGUGACGAUAACCCUUGUGUUUAACUCACAAUUUUGCACACACAAAAAGCAAGUUCUCUAGUCACUAACUGAACCAAACUAGUCAUUGUUGUUCACACAAAAAGUCAAUACAAAGAAAUGUCAAAAAGUUUA